AUCAUUCUCACUGCACAAUUUCUGAACUACAAGUUUGGACCGUCACUGUACAGCAGACUAAACUCAACAGAGCAGCAAUCACCUUGGGAGCAAGGAUAUUCUUCCUACGAGAUGAGUGACCGGCUGAUGGGGGUGAAGUUACUGCCUGGGGAAAAGGUCCGAGGUGAAGCAACGAGCAUAAGAAAAUAUACGUCUUAUAAACAAGUACGGAAAUCAAUCACAGGGAAGGUACUGUGCACAAAUUUCCGAGUGGCCUUUGUCCCUGUGGAGACUGGAAUGCUCCAGGUCCCUGCUGAUCAGAGACAGUUCCUUGGACCUGAUGAUGUUGCCUUGUCAUCCAUUGAGCGGGUGGUAGCUGUGAACAGUUCCCGAAACAAACUUCUGUUGUCCACCUCGAGUCCAAAACUCCAUCCACAAGAGCUCCUGAUUUACUGCAAGGAUUUCCGCCUCUUGCACUUUCAGUUUGAACAUGAGGCUCGUACUGACGAGCUAAUCUCCUUGAUUGCUCGGAGCUGUCAGCCAGUCUCUCCUCGGGAGUUAUUUGUGUUUGAGUUUGCUGUCGAAAUGUCAAACAACAUGGACCGCAGGCUUGUGAAGUCGAAUGUUGAGCAGGAGGUUGAAGCAAUGCGGAUGUUUGAGACACACUUGGACUGGGAGUUUGAGCUGGCCAGGACCGGAGCGUUAGGUUGGCGUGUUAGCCUGGUCAAUGAGCGAUUUGAAGUUUCAGCAAGUUUGUCUAAGGUUCUUGUGGUUCCACGGAAGAUUCUAGACUUGGAUAUUAAGGAAGCGGGCGCUUACUUCAAUGAGGGCCGUGUUCCACGUUGGCACUGGCACCAUGGAGGAAGUAACCUGAUGAGAAUGAGCAACUUUCAGAGUAACACGUACCCACAACGAGAUGGAAUCAGUAAGCUGGAGGAGCUGUUGUACGGAACACACAGUCAGCUGGUCAUCGCUGACUUAUCUGAUGAUUUACCAAAUUCCCCAGAAGUCCAACAGGCGUACAGCAAACUGAAAACUCUGUGCAGCUGUGAGAAUCCCAACUCCCUCAAGGACUCUGAUGAGAAGUGGCUGUCGACUCUCGAGGCGACACACUGGCCUGAGUAUGUGAGGCUGUGUCUAAAGAAGGCAAGUGAGAUCUCCUCGCUGCUGAGUAACCAAUGCCUGACCGUCACUCUGCAGGAGACAGAUGACCGUGAUCUGGCCUGCCUUAUCUCUUCACUGGUGCAAGUGAUGCUGGAUCCUUACUGCCGAACCAUCCUGGGAUUUCAGAGCCUGGUGCAGAAGGAGUGGGUGGAGGCUGGUCAUCGCUUCAGCGACCGCUUCAACCAGCUGCGGGCGACAGAGAAAGACGAGUCUCCAGUAUUCCUGCUCUUCCUGGACUGUGUUUGGCAAUUGUUGGACCGUUACAGAGGCUUUUUCGAAUUCACAGAUCACUACCUAAUUGCGCUACAUGACAGCACCCACAUCGUGCUCUUUGGCACUUUCCUGUUCAACUGUUCACGGGAACGGACCUAUAUUCAGCAGUCUCCCCCAACAGGUUUAAAGACUCGAAUGAUUCCUUUCGCCAAUGACUGGUCGCUGUCUCGUAGUGCACAGCGUGGCCAGCAGGUGGUGCUGAAGGGAGGUUUCUUCACACGGGACAAGAGGAACUGUCCACUACCAUCAGUCUGGGACUGGUCUCUCCAGUUUCCACCUGGGCACCAGCUGUUAUUCAGAAAUGCCCUGUAUAGCAAUGACACUCGACCCAUGGCACAGAAUGGGAUGUCCCAACAUAGCAACACUGACAAGGCUGAUAUUUUGCCUGUGAGGUCGGUCUACCUCCUGAGUAAAGGCGUUCUCCUUGCUGCUGCCCAGUUCCUGCCGUGGAAGAACACGUCGGUGACGAAGAAGCUCAGUAAACUCAGCCAGUCACUGGAGAGUCUGUUGGAGUUGGAGCAGCCACAGAGAAUCUACUCACCUCCCUCCCUGGAUCCCAGUGGCCUCCUCCUUCCUCCCAUCCCAGCAGCCAGCAUCCGGUUCUGGAAGAGCUGUUACCUGCGCUGGCUGAGCCAGGUGGAGGUAGAGAACACCUAUGGCCUGCUGUCUGCUCUUGCUGCUCAGAUUAGGUGUCUCCAGCAGAGACUGCAGCAACAAACCAGCCAGCAGAAUACAGUCUCCAAUGGACUGGAUCACCAGGGCAAUCAGAUCCCCCACUCUGCUGAUCAGCAGGGAUCCAUUAUCCCUCCCCCCACCUACCGA